AUGAGGGAGCUGGUGAGUCUCAUACGAGAUGGAAACAUGAGAGUUGACGAGAACUACCUCAACGGCAUCUCGGGCGAACAAGGGUUGACGGCCAUGGUUGAGGGGCAAAAGGUGUUGCAUGAGAUUAUGACUGGAGGGUUUGGUCGGACAAUUAUGAGUUGCUCAAGCUGGAUGGGGUUCGGUUUCAAUAAUUUCGACUUUGGUUGGGGGCAGCCCAUCUGGACCGGUUUGUCUGGAGACCCUAGCGGAGAUCAUCCUUGUCUCAACAAUUGUGCUUUUUUCAAGGAAGUGGCUGCCCGAGGGCGUGGAAGCUCGAAAGCCAUAGAGGCGUGGAUAAGGCUAGAUGAAGAUGCCAUGUAUCUUCUUGAACAUGAUCCUCACUUCCUUCAAUAUGCUUCCCCUAAUCCGCCUAUCAUCCUCAACUAG